AUGAUGUGGAGAGCCUCUGGUCCAUAUUUUCCUAGACGUUACGAUAUAAGUUUCAAACAUGGUCUAGUUUACUGGAAUGGAGCCAUUUAUGUGUCAUGUAAAGAACGUUUCAACGUGGAACAAGAGAAGUUUGAAGAAUUUCCUGAUUUCAUUAAUGGACGAGGUUCGGAUGAAGAGGAUCAUAGGAUUGUCUAUUUUGGGGAGUCUUAUGGACAUUUUCACUUGCUCCAAGUGAAUCACCAGAAACUAACUUUGUACAACUUUUAUGAGAUGAAACAUGAUGGUACAGGGUGGUUCUUGAAAUCCGAGGUGAAUGUUGAAGCUGUUGUGUUGUCAUUUCCUCAGAUAAUUCGACGUUACCUUCAGACAACAGAUUUUCAUUACCAUGCCAUGGCUGUGCUUAAUGUCGUAAGGGGAGAGAAAGAGGAGCAUUCGUUCUUGGUCUUUCACAUUCCUGAAAUGUCCAUACUACGUUACAAUCUAGUGGAUAAGUCAUUCUAUAUGCUCUGCGAUUUUGAAAGUGGUCAUAAUAAUGGUGGCAUUAAUGAGGAAUUUGAUGAAGAACUUGCCAUAUGUCUGCAUUUUAAUAGAUCAAGCACUUACCAAUACAUUGAAUCUGCCUAUUUUUGGUAA